GUAGGUACAAAAUGCAGCAAAACAAAAAUUUCAAAACAAGUUUCUCGUUUCUUACAAUAAUUUUGAUUUGUUUUCUUUUUCCAUUUUUGUAUCAAAAUUGACAUUUAGAAAUUUACUGAAUCAAGAGUGUGGUUUUUAAUAAACAAUUUCAAAUUAGAGUGGCACUGGCAAUAUAAUUUAAAUGGAACUAGAAGACGGGUUGGAUGACUUAUUAGCAAACAUCGAGGAACCGACUCCUCCGAAACUGAUUAAAUCUAGUGAAAAUGAUACUAACAUCGAAUUGCCUGGAACUUCUAAAGACAUUUUUAAACCAGCUACAUCUAAAACACAUUGUGUUUUGGUGAAUCAGAAACAGCGAGGGAAUCCUUUAUUAAAAUUCAUAACCAGUGUACCUUGGGAAUAUGAUGACAUUAUACCAGAUUAUGAAGUUGGUAAAACUAUAUGCCUGUUGUUCCUGUCUUUAAGAUAUCACAACUUAAAUCCAGAUUAUAUUCAUAAUAGAUUAAAAGAAUUAGGCAAGAAGUAUGAACUCCGAGUACUAUUGGUACAGGUAGAUUUGAAAGAUCCACACGUUCCAUUGAAGAAUUUAACUAGGAUAUGUCUUCUGACAGACAUGACUCUCAUGUUGGCGUGGAGUCCAGAGGAAGCUGCCAGAAUUAUAGAAAACUACAAAAUAUAUGAGAACAAACCGCCAGACAGGAUUAUGGAAAAAAUUGAGAAUGAUCCGCAUCAAAAGAUAAUUAACGCUCUGUCAUCAAUUAAACCAGUAAACAAAACAGAUGCUAUGACACUGAUAACAACAUUUGGCACGUUAGAGAAUAUCAUAAAAGUGUCAGAGCGAAGGCUCGCCGAGUGCCCAGGAAUAGGGGCUACUAAAGCAAAGAAACUUUACAAGGCAUUACAUGAACCUUUUUUGAAAAGGGGAAAUUUAAAUAAGGAUAAAGAAACAAAAAGCCAGGAAUUUGAUGUAGAAAUCAGUGAAGCAGACAUCGCGUCGCUUGAUAAGCAAGUACAGAGUGAAUAGUGUAUUGAUAGAAUAAAACAAUAAUUUUAAGUAGUAACUAA